UCCGAGCUGGAGGGCGGUCUUCGCCACUGGCGUUUUAAUGUAUUUUGGCGGUUAUGCGGAAAACAUGGCGCAAAUUUCGAAAGAUUGCUGCGUCCCUUGCAAGAUAACUGUGGAUGAGCUGGAGACGCUUUGCCGUGGGGAGAGGCUGUACUGUCAAGAGCUUAAUGUCAACAGAGCCAAUGUUAAUGACUAUGAAGUGGAGUUUCUCUGUGAUUACAAGAGGACCAGGGAGGGAGAAGAGUUCUACUUUGUUAAGUGGAAAGGCUUCCCUGCAUCUGUCAAUACGUGGGAACCCAAAAGAAACCUCAAAUGUCCAAAGCUAAUGAAACUAUUCCACCUGGACCUGGAUCAAAUUCUGAAGAGCCAAAAGAGGCGUGGCCUCCCCAAGAGGUUGGAUAAAGAAACUGUCCUGAUGCUGAUUCAGAAAGCCAAACUUCGUCUGAGUCUGCAUCAGUGGGAAACCCAUUUAAACAAGACUCGCAAUCACCCGGGACGCAUUUUUGUCAUAAACGAAGUGGACCAAGAUGGCCCUCCGAAACACUUCACCUACAUUAACAACUACAAAGUUGGUCCAGGCAUUGUGAUCAACGAAAUGGCUGUCGGCUGCGAAUGCAGGGACUGCUUGAACGAGCCGGUGAACGGCUGCUGCCCGGGGGCCUCACUCCAUCGAAUGGCCUACAACGACAAGGGUCAAGUGCGGAUCCGGCCAGGACAGCCCAUCUACGAGUGCAACUCUCGAUGCAACUGUGGUCCUGACUGCGCCAACAGGGUGGUGCAGAAAGGUAUCCAGUUCGACCUGUGCAUCUUUAAGACGGAGAACGGCCGGGGCUGGGGCGUCCGCACGCUGCAGCACAUCAAGAAGAGCACAUUUGUCAUGGAGUAUGUUGGAGAGAUCAUUACAACAGAUGAAGCAGAGAAGAGGGGCCACUUUUAUGAUUGCCAGGGCUCCACGUACCUCUUUGACCUGGACUAUGUGGAAGAUGUUUACACUGUGGACGCAGCUCACUUAGGAAACAUUUCCCACUUCGUCAAUCACAGCUGUGACCCAAACCUGCAAGUCUUCAAUGUGUUCAUUGAUAACAUCGACGAGAGGCUUCCCAGAAUCGCUUUAUUUUCAACUCGGGCGAUUCGUGCUGGAGAAGAGCUGACGUUCGACUACAAGAUGCAACUUGAUCCAGUGGACACAGAAAGUACCAAAAUGGACUCCAGUUUCAGUCUAGCAGGACUCCCUACCUCACCAAAGAAACGGAUUCGAGUGGAGUGUCGCUGUGGAUCAGAAUCAUGUCGAAAGUACCUGUUUUGACAGAGGCCUGCGCUGAAUGUUACCUUAAAAAGAGCAAUGACACCUGGAGUUAUUUUUUUAAAUUUUUUUUUUUUAAGUUUAAAGUUUUUUUAAAUUUUUUUUUAUUUCUUUUAUGUUCACAUGACAAUGUUUUAAUUCACUGUGUAGUUGUUUUCUACCUUAAACUGUAGCUUCUGUUAAAUGUUUGAUUCUGCUUCUGUCUGCCUUUACAACUGAGUAUUUUUAACCCUGCUUUAAAAUGCAGUUUUACAGACAGUCAGUCUGAACAGCAAUUAUAAAUGUUCUUCUGAGAGCAGCGACAGAGACCAAAUGAAACAAACUUGAAUUUCAUCCCACCUGUUACGCUGUAGCUGUUUUGAUUUUGGCAUCCGUCGACAGAUUUGCUGAAGCGUAAAUUCACAAACAGUUGGAAGCUCUUACAUUUGUGCUUGAAAUGUUUUUGGACUUUAGGCAUGAAUUGAAUGCACUUUUAUUUUUAUAGUGCUCUCACAGGUUUGAUGGUCCUGUGAGUUGAGGACAGCAUUUUUUUUCUAGACUAAUGAUGACAAACUACUCAUCUAUUUUGUCAGCUGCAUUAUGUUAUGUUGAUUACAUUCUUCUAAAACUCGCGUCUACAAACUUCAGCUCAUGUCCCGUUAUUUUGUGUAUAUUGUAUAUUUUUAUUAUGUUGUUGGUGCCCAUGCUGUGUAGCAAGUACACAACAUGUACAAGUACUUGUGUAGCAUGUGUAGCAUGUACAUUCUGUACUUGUGUAGCAUGUGUAGCAUGUACAUUCUGUACUUGUGUAGCAUGUACUUGCUUGCAUUCUGCAAGCCAGUGACGUCUAUCAAGACACUGGCUUGCAGAAUGAUGUGGAAAAACCUGCCUUCAUGCCAAUAUCUAUGUAUCUUUUGUACAUAUUUGUAGUAAAGAUGCGACUGCGUGCUUCGGUGUAAGAAAAAAAAAGUAUAUUUAA